CUCGACAGCACCCCACUUGCACUGGAGAGCGUCGUCUACUCUGUGUAUACCAUCAUUUCAUUACGCAUACCCUUUAUGUCUGCUGAUAUCGACCGUCGUCCUGCAACCCGUCAAAGAGUGGUUUCGCCUGAAAUCCAGAUCACUCGUCAGAUCAUAGGCGGUCGCGAAGUUAUCACAAUCGAUGACAGCGACGACGAUAACGAGCCUGUAGUUGAAGUCCCCCGGCAAGUGCACCGUAGGAGAAGAAAUGGAGAUCGACCUGGUCCUCCUCCUAGAGACGGAAGGACUCGAUUCGAGGAGAUGAGGCGAAGACAGCAGGUGGGCGAGGCGCUAGCGCAUCGCAACCGGAUGCAAGCAGCCAUAGAUGCAGGAGAUGUUGAAUUUGCAGUUUUGCCUGACGAUGAUGAAGACGGUGGCGAAUAUGUCCCGGCGGACAACCGUAUAUUUUCGCCAACUCCUCCCCCUGUCGCCAAUGCACCAAACAGGAGACACAUAGGCCUGGGAGGUGCUGUAUUGGUUCAGGAUGGUGUGCGGAUCAACUUCAAUCUCGGCGAACGCGUAAAUCGUUUCCUUGCGCAUAUUCCAAUGAUGACAUUCGGAGAUAACGCGGAACUCAUGGCUCGGGCCGCGCUGCCCGCCAUUCCUGCGUACAGUCCUGAGUACACACAUCCCAGCGCCAAGCAAAAUCGCUUCAGCCAUUCGUUUCCUGCUGCACCUGUCACUCCCGAUCGCAAAGGCAAAUCUGUCAACCCACCACCGGCUUCUAUAAACUUUCAGUGCACCAAUUGCCAAGAUAACCUCUAUCUCGCUGCCCCGGAUGCCAAUCGACGGGUCUAUGCUCUGCGUUGUGGUCAUCUACUGGACGGGAAAUGUGUCACCAAGCUCUCAACGCCACCGCGCGGUAUCUAUCCUCAGACAGAGAACAUUCCUGUCCUCGACGUUGAGCCGCCCCCACGGAAAGGGAGAGCAAGAGCUUCACGGCCUGGGGCGAAGACGAAGCCGAGGGGAAAGAAGCGGAAGCGUGCCGAAGACAAGAUCACUUGGGAUUGGGUGUGCCCAACAUGUCAAUAUGCUCACACGUCAGAAUGGGACGCCUCUGCGGGCGAGGACAACAAAGGUGCUUGGGUGCCGCACGGGGAGGAUGGACCUAUUCUGCUCUAUCUGUGAUAGAGGCACGUUCACGCCAUCCUUGCUUCCAUUUCUUGGCACUGUAGCACAUCAGCAAGUCCAGUUUGACUCACGGCUGUACAACGUCAAUCACUAAUUACUCUCUGUAUGCUCCUUAUACAUCACGUCUUUGGAUUAACAAUAUCAAUGGCUGUGUCGCCCUCACCCUUGGAACCCUCAACUCUCCCUGUUGCCCUUUCUCAUCCACUCUCCGGUCGGUCUAUCUUUGUCACGGCGAUUCCUAUUUGUGCUCAUCGACACAACUUCCUUUUGAAUGCGGUCCAAUCAUUGUCGUCGCAGCGGCGGACCGUGACGGUCCGCACGUUGGAUCAUGGUGGUCUUUCGGCAUCUGGAGUCGCUUCUCAUCUUCGUACCCCGCUUACGAGGUUUGAACGCCAAUGUCGGUCAAGGAGCUCUUCCAAAAGCUAUUAAAGGGCGUGAACUACCCAACUGUCACCCUAUUUCACUUUGCAAGGGAUGGUUCUCGGUCUUUUACUUCUCGUUCUUGCAGCAGUUGCCACCAGCUCGGGCUCUUGGAACAAGUACGAUGCUUGUCAAAGGGUCAAGCCCCCUGGUCACCGGCAAACCGAUGGAUGUCCAGAGGGAACAAUCUAUGUAUCUCAGAACGAUGGUGCUGCCGCUUUCACAAACGUACAGUCUGCCGUGGAAUCCUUCCCGGAUGAUCUCAGCCAUUCGAUAAUCCUCAUUGCACCGGGCAUGUAUAAAGGAUUGGUCAACGUCACAAGGAAAGGCCCCGUUACUUUGCUCGGUCAGUAUGUACUUCCAACUAUCAAUCUGGUCACAAUCUGGGACGACCAAUUUGUUACGGAACCACCUCCUGCCCAAGAUGAUGCGCAAACAGCCGUCCUAAUCGUCGCGCCUACCUUCAACGCAUCUCUCAUUGGCAUGGGGACAGUAGGGUUUCCACUCCAGCCCGAAUUUGGCAACGCCGAUUUCAAGGCUUAUCACAUUGAUUUCAGGAAUUUAGCUGUUCGUCACAUCAUACAGCAAAGACGCGUUUUAACUUACUGUUCUUCAAUUCACGAUAUUUCGUAUGCAAACGCUUCAUUCUAUGGCUGCAACUUUGCCAGCUACCAAGACACCUGGUACAUGGGUCGAAACGCGAGCACAUACGUCAAGGGUGGUACGAUCUAUGGCGAAACAGACUAUGUCUUCGGUUUUGGCGCCGCGUAUGUUCUUUCAGAUAUGUGGACUCGAGGAUGCUUAAGAUGCACUUUUGCGAAUCGGGGCUGCGGUGGCGCUCUGGUGGCAUGGAAGGGCACAAAUCAAUCUGAUCCGACGGGCACAACGCCAAUCGCCCCUGGUAACCACUAUGGUGCCUACAUCAGCAACUCACAGAUCAUAAGGAGUCCAGAUGCCAACACCACGCUGGACCUCACCGGCAAGUGCUACCUGGGACGGCCCUGGAAUGAUGAUGCAACGACUCUAAUCCUUCGGACUUAUAUGGACGACACUAUCAAUGCAACUGGCUUUAUUCCUUUUAGUGGUAGACCACAAGUCAUACUCAACACGACUUAUUACGCAGAAUAUGGGUCAUAUGGUCCGGGUGGAAAUACAUCCCAGCGUGCUUCAGCAGACCAUGUGUUAGAUUCGGCCCAGGCAGCGAUGUUCACCAUACCGAAAGUGUUUGGGGGAUGGCCGGACUGGAUAGAUUACAACUAUUAG